CCACUUAAUUUAUCUCUUUCGAUGAGAAAAAAACUCGGAAAAGAUUUUCUGUUUAUUCUGGAAAUUGUCAGAGACGAAAAGGAUAUUUUGCAUUGAAGUAAAGUCACAAAUCUGACAGAAUGGAUUCGUUUUACAAUAACGCUUCAAACUUUAUUGGAAGUGGAUUAGGAUUUUAUUCUGAUCAUCCACGCCUAAGCAUCAGUCCUGAGGUGAGUUUACGAGUUGGACAAAACAUCGAUGGAUGCAGGAAUCUUCCAUCUCCAUUUCAAGACAUGCAGCAGGAAAGCGGCCCUAAAUCAGGAAGGAUAAGGAUAAUGGAGGCAAUUAGAAAGAUGUACCCUGAAAUGCUGGAAAGUCAAGCUGCCACGGCAAAAAAAGUAGAUUCGACUUCUAACAAAGAAGUCAAAUCGACAUCUUUGUUAGAAGUGGAUUCUAACAGAUCUAGCAAAGAGUUUGAAUCUACUUCAAUUUCUUUGUUAGAAAUCGAAAGUCCUGACCUGUCAGCAGCAGAGGGAACAUCUCAGAAAGGUCUAAAUAGUUGCCUCUCACAGAAUGAGAUAAUAGAGGACAUAGCUGUAGAUGGAUCCAACCAAACAGUCGGAGUCAAUGCUGCCACAGAAGAAAACAAACGUGUUUCUCCGGCUCUGGAAAAGUUCUGUGCCAGAGGGAAGAGGAACUCCGACGACACUUUUAUUACACCUGACUGUCCUCUGCAAGACUUUUCUUUUUUCGUCUGACAUACUGCAGCUCCGGUAUAACGUUGAGUUACAGUAUGCUCUAAACCCCACCUCAGCGGAAGAGUUUUUUGAGGAUCCUUAUAAUAUUCACAUUUUCCUCUACUGAGAUGUAGAUGGCAUUUAAAAAAAAAUCAUAAACUUCUUGUCUCUCUUA